GGGUUGAAUGGCAGGUGAAGAAUCCCAUCCCGGAGAAGCAAGCAAAGUGUAAUACACGCAGUUGGUAUUGAAAAAAACAACAAGAGUGAAAGAGAAGAAAAAACAGGAAUGAAUAAAAUUGUAUAACAAAGAGUUUGUUUCUUCUUAUGUGAAAAUGCGUAGAGGAGGUGAGGGAGAGAACAUGGCAGUGCCUCAACUAACUUCAAGUUCCAGCACGAGAAGAUUGAGCCUAAGAACAACGAGACCAGACCCUUUCUUGUCGCUGUGCAAAUGCUUCAGCUUCGUUGUCGUUCUCUCUGCCAUUCUCUGCAUCGCCGUUAACGUCCUCUCUGCUAUUCGCUCCUUCAAACACCAAUCCGAUAUUUUCGAUGGCAUAUUUCGGUGUUACGCGGUCUUCCUAGCGUGUUUCGUGGUUCUGGCUGAGACGGAAUGGAACUUCAUCAUCAAGUUCUGGAAGGUUCUGGAGUAUUGGGUUGGCAGGGGUAUGCUGCAGAUUUUUGUAGCAGUCAUGACUAGGGCAUUCCCUGACUAUAGUGGGGAGCGAAAAGAACUUGUAAUUUUCCAGGGCAUAGCGUGCUAUAUGCUUCUUGCUUGUGGCUCAAUUUAUGUUGUGUCGGGAAUCCUUUGCGUUGGUUUACUGAAACGUUCUCGCCAGAAGCAAGAGAUCUCUAGAGAGCAAGCAGAAAAGGAUCUUCAGGAGUUGGAACGGCGUAGAGAAGAACUUGAACAACUGCUUAUAACAGAAUAGGUUCGAAGCUUUUGAAAGUAGUGCUGAAAUUGUCUCAUUACACAGUGAACAAACCUCUACAGGCAACAACCUAUGAAUACCUGAUUAUGGUAGUGUUGUUGAUUACUAUUGUUCGUUCAAUUAAACUAAUGAAUUACAUUCUUUAAGGGGAGAAAUUGACCUAUUGAGUAAAUAUGUAUAAGCAAUAUUCAAAAUGAUGUUUCAACUUCUAUUCUUAAGAAUGAAUUCAAUCAUAACCGAUGUUCAGAUAAA